AGUCGAGCGAAUUAGCUAGAACACAGAAAAAGCUCAAUUCGGAGAAGAGAGAGAAAGCUUCUCAUACUUCAUCAAUGGCGAUUUCUUUUCUUCCUCCCACUUCCAUCCAGGGAAAGCUCAACCACCACAGUCACCAACGCCCCUAUUUUCUCUCGUCACCGCCGCCGCCUCACCGGCUUCCUAUGCGCGUGGUGGCGUUCCAGCGAGGAGACUUCGAGUCCUUGAAGCGGCGCGUAUUAUCAGGUGAAGCUUUGAAGGAAGUAUGGCACUCCGCCAACGACGGAUUCGAACAGCUUGUCUUCGACGCUAGGAAGGCUGCUGAGCGGUUUGACCGCCGUUACUCCAUCUCCCGUCGCCUUUCUUCCGCCGCUGAAGCUGCCUCCGUUCGCGUUCGUGAAAUGGACCGUGACUAUGAGGUUACUCAGAAAUGGCGAACUUUCUCUCUCGACUUCUCCCGCAAUUUGCCUAGGUAUAGGAAGCAGUUCAAUAGUUUCAUGGAUACUCCCCUUGGAAGGAGUUCUGCAACAAUCUUCUUCUUAUGGUUUGCUUUGUCCGGAUGGCUGUUUCGGUGUUUAAUUAUUGCCACUUGGGUAUUGCCAAUUGCUGGUCCUCUUCUGCUCACCGCUGUUGCUAAUAAAAUGACCGUAAAGGGUGCUUGCCCGGCAUGCAAGAGGGAGUUUAUAGGCGUGAAGAACAGUGUAAUACGUUGUCAAGGUUGUCGUAACAUUGUCUGGCAGCCACAAGGCACACAAGAUGAUUUCUUCUCAAGAGGUGACAAAAGAACACAGUCAAAGAAUUCUGAUAUCAUAGACGUUGAAUUUGAGGAGAAGUGAUGAAAACCGAUAUAUAACUCAAUUUGGAGAUGAUGUUAACCUGUUCCAUUCGGGACCAACAAGCUGGAAAAAUAGGAAUGCAAUCAUAAGCUGGAGAAAGAGAAAAGUGUGUUCCUGUUUAGGAUGCCUACACAGUCACACACUCGGAUUCUAGGAAUUGAUUUUGGUUAAGAUGUUGCUGCUAUAUUCUAUAUGUUGGAAUCUGAAAUAGUCACAUCUGAAAUAGUCACAUUGAGAAGCAUAAUGCUGCUUAUCUUCUUUUUUGGGAUCUUUGUUUCUACAUUUAGAAAGCUGAUAGGCUGGUAUGUAAUAAUUUGUUCUGUUGGUGCAUUCACUUCGCCAUUGUACAGUAAAAGAUCUCAUCAUACUUCGUGUGUAGAUAAUUUGGUUGAAGUUCGAGUGUUAAGUGUUAACUUAUCCAAUGUACUUGUGUUACCUGCUUUUAGGUAGCUUUUCUUUGCA